AUGGAGGCCAACACUGCACCAGGAACAGCGUCGGCACAAACAGCAGCAGCAACAGCAGCAGCAACUGCAGCAGCAGCAGCAGCAGCAGCAGCAGCAGCAGCAGCAACAGCAGCACACAUGAUCUCUGAAGCUUCCAUAUUGGGAAUAAACUCCACUCCAUUUGCUUCCAACAAAUUCUUAAAAGCGCCGCCCACGCGUUCGCCCAAGACCAACUCCAAGGGGACCUUUUCCUACAGACGCAGCAGCAGCAGCAGCAGCAGCAGCAGCAGCAGCAGCAGCAGCAGCAGCAGCAACAGCAGGAAGGCAGCAAUAUAA